AUGACACCAAUUGGGAUGUUGCCAUAUCGCUUGGUCUUCAGGAAAACAUGUCAUUUACCUGUGGAAUUGGAGCAUAAAGCUUUUUGGGCUAUGAAAAAAUUGAACUUCGACACAAGUCAAGCUGGGGCCAAAAGGAAGUUGCAGCUAAGUGAAUUAGAAGAACUUCGUAAUGAUGCUUAUGAAAGUGCAAGAAUUUACAAAGCUAGAACCAAGGCGUUUCAUGAUAAGCACAUUGUGAGAAAAUCUUUCGAGCCAGGUAACAAAUUCUGGUUGUUCAACUCCAAGCUGAAGCUAUUUCUAGGGAAAUUGCGCUCAAGAUGGGAUGGUCCAUACCAAGUUCAAACGGUAACCCCUCAUGGGGUUAUCACCAUUUUUGACCCAAAGAAAGAAACUCAGUGGCCCAUUGCAGAUUUACGAAAGCUGAAUGCCUUUUUGAGCCAGCUGGUAAACUCCUGUACUCCAGAUUAG